GACAAGACAGUUAUUAGGCGGCGCGGGGCAGCCGGCAUGGAGCUCCAGGAGGCGAGGCAGAGCCGGGCGCACUGCGAUCCCGCGUUCAUGGCAGCGCAGCUCGCUUCCAGCCGUCGCUCUUUCCUCUUAGUUCCCUGUUCCUAGACGCCUCCUCCCCCGCCCCAACCUCCGCAGGUCCCUCUCUCUAUGGAUUCAUUUCAGACUGCACAGAUGUUGAGCUUGCCCGCCGAGCUCGGCGGCAACAACUUAGAACUGGCGGAGCUGGCGGAGCCGGAAGAGCGGGCGGCAUCGGUGUCCGGAGGAGACUCGGAGGCCCACCCAGACGAGUCUCCCGAGAGCUCCGAAGCUCCCCGGACCCAAGAGCUGGAGCAAACACAGCCUCCGGGGACCUCGACGCCGUCCGAGUGCAAAGUCCUGCUCACACAGGCAGAUGCCUUGGCAUCCGGGGGGCGCCUUCGGGAAGCCCUCGAGGUGUACAGACAGCUCUCCGAGAGGCAGCAGCUCGUGGCUGAGCAGCUGGAGCAGCUGGUGCGCUGUCUGGCUGAGAGCGUCCCGCAAAAGGAGCCGGUGGCGCCAGCUCCCUCGGACCAGAGCGGCACCUCAAGCUGCUGCAAGGUGGCCGUGCAAGAGGCAGGGGAGGCUGCAGCCGUGGCCCCCGAGGUAUGGGAUGGCUUUAAGUGCCGGAAGUGUCACGGAUUUCUCUCAGACCCGGUGUCCUUGUGGUGCGGCCACACCUUUUGUAAACUGUGCCUGGAACGUGGGCGGGCCGCCGACCGGCGCUGUGCGCUGUGCGGGGUCAAGCUCUCGGCUCUCAUGAUGGCCAGUGGGAGGGCACGCGGGACGCGGCGGGCUGAGCAGCCGGCGCCACUGCAACUGCGAGUCAACGUGGUACUCAGCGGCCUCCUGGGCAAGUUGUUCCCGGGCCCGGCGCGGGCGUCGCAACUCCGGCACGAGGGCAACCGGCUGUAUCGCGAGCGCCAGGUGGAGGCAGCUCUGCUCAAAUACAACGAGGCAGUUCGGCUGGCUCCAAAUGAUCAUUUGCUUUAUAGCAAUCGGUCUCAAAUUUAUUUCACCUUGGAGUCUCAUGAGGAUGCACUGCAUGAUGCAGAAAUAGCAUGUAAACUUCGGCCAAUGGGUUUUAAGGCACACUUCAGAAAAGCACAAGCGUUAGCCACCCUAGGCAAGGUGGAGGAAGCACUCAGAGAAUUUCUCUACUGUGUAUCCCUUGACGGAAAAAACAAGAAAGCCAGAGCGGAAGCUCAAAGGCUUCUCUUUAGUUUCUUUACACCAUCAGUCCCGGGGGAUUCUCAGGAACAUUCUCCUGAUAUCCUGAAGUUGUUGGCACCUCACCCUAGAUUAAAGGAACACGUAGAGUCAAUGGCUACUGAAGGCACCAGCCAUAAUCUACCAAAGUUGUCACAGGAAAAUCCAGAGCUUCCACAUUGUUCUAGUCAGGAGGAAGCAGCAGCUGGGGGAGACAGCAGCAACAUGGAGAAUUCAACUCAAGUAAAGGUGGGUGGUCAAGAAGACAGUGUGAAAGAUCAGGAAGAAGACGAGCAGGAUGCGGCCUCCAUCAGGUCUGGCAAAUGCCAGGGGAAAAAAAGGAACCAUUGCCAAAUUGACGAAAACCAAGAAGAUACAGACAUGCACAAUAAAGUCUCCAAACAAGAUCUUCCAGCUCAUCAAGUGGCCAAACCAGAUCUCAGUAUUCCGCUUGCAUCUUUUGAUGCCUCGGACCUUGAAUGCUCACUGUGUAUGAGAUUAUUCUAUGAGCCAGUCACAACACCUUGUGGGCACACCUUUUGCUUGAAAUGUCUUGAGCGAUGCCUAGAUCAUAAUGCAAAGUGUCCACUGUGCAAAGACGUUCUUUUACAGUGCUUGCCAUCAAGAAAGUAUAGCAAAAAUGUAAUAAUGGAAGAACUAAUAGCUAAAUUCCUGCCAGAAGAACUCAAGGAACGAAGGAGGCUUUACGAAGAGGAAAUGGAAGAACUCUCUAACUUAAAUAAGAACGUGCCUAUUUUCGUGUGUACCAUGGCCUAUCCCACCGUUCCUUGUCCCCUGCACAUCUUUGAGCCUUGUUACCGACUGAUGAUUCGGAGAUGUAUUGAGACAGGCACAAAACAGUUUGGCAUGUGCCUUGGAGAUCCUGUCAAAGGGUUUGCAGAAUAUGGCUGCAUCUUAGAGAUCAGAAAUGUCCAAUUCUUUGCUGAUGGCCGAUCGGUGGUUGACAGCAUAGGCAAGAGGCGCUUCAAGGUGCUCCACCAGGGCCAGCGGGAUGGCUACAACACAGCUGAUAUUGAAUAUAUCGAAGAUCAAAAGGUUCAGGGAGAAGAUUGUGCUGAACUCAUGGGCUUACAUAACUGUGUGUAUGAGCAAGCAUCCUCAUGGUUUCAUUCGCUCAAAACAUCUCUGAAGAAUCGGAUACUAAAUCAUUUCGGUCCAAUGCCAGAGAAAGAUGAAGAUCCCCAGGUUAAUCCAAAUGGUCCAGCCUGGUGCUGGUGGACAUUAGCGGUUCUUCCCCUGGAAAGCAGAGCUCAGCUCCCCUUCCUAGCAAUGAGGUCCUUAAAGGAUAGACUCAACGGUAUUCGGCGGAUCCUGGCCUUCAUAUCCAGAAACCAAAAUUAGUGGGAAGCAGAUUGCGGAAGAGGCAUUUCCACCCUCUCUACUGCCCUGGGGCGAUGUUCUUGUAAAUAUAUCUAAUUGCAAUAACACCUUAACAGAAGAGAGUAUCCUAGAGAGAUGUUACUCUGCUUUUUGACCACACAGAAAUUGAGUAGGAAGACCAAAAGAAUGUCACCUGUUUGACUUUCUGUCUUUAGAUGCUUUUUGACACAAACAACCAGAGGUGUGGAAGAGCCCAGAAAAAGUUGUUUAGCACCAAUUUCUCUGAAAGUCGAAUGUGACCUGUCUUUCAUAACUGAGUGACUGUGUGGUUGAAAUGUGAAGCAGAGAUGCUAACAUCACUGCAUUCUUUCACUGACUUGAGGUCUCGUUUCAAAUGGUUCAGGUUUUAUAGAGCAUUGUGUAAAAUAAUGUUCAUACUUCUUUCUGUUUUAAUAAUUUAUUUUUUGCACUACUGUAUCCUUUUUCUACAUGUACGUUUGUAACUAUUUAAGUGUACAUUACUGAAAAGUCCGUUGCUUUAUUUAUUGAUGUGGUUGACUAUGUAUGUAGGGGGAAUAACAGUACUAAACAUGUGCAAUGUUCUUUAAUUUUUUUUUCUGAAUUGAUCCCAAUUCUUGGGCCAUUUUUAUAUAGUUCGUGUCUAUCCUAGUGAACUAAGUUUCAAGGAAUUUUGGAAGGCUUCUAAGGUAAUUUGUCUUCACAGAUUCCACUCUUUCAGUUUGAUUUAAGUGAUAGAAAAUACUUAAUUGAUUUGGCAUAAGUUGUGGUGUGUGCAAGAGUAAAGUGAAAUAAUCCAUUUUCUGUGUGUAAUACAGAAUAAGGCUGAAAAAAUUCUUUAGGAAUGGAGAGAUGAAUUAGAAGUGUCUUUUAUUACAAUCUAUUAGAGGUAUUUGUUUCAGGCAAUCUAGUUAGAAGUGUAUUAAUUUCUCUCCAGUGCAGUUAAGGAUAAGAUUAAUAGUUAUCUGGUUUUUCAGAGAGAAUGACAUCAAGACCUGUACCAGCAUCUGCUGAAAUACUUGAGGGACUAUUCCUUCUUAAAGGUGUAAAGAAAUCAGAAAGGUUAGAAUCCCUUUAAAUCUCUAUAAAAGAACCAGAGACUGCAUCCAUGAUUUCAUGUAAACACUGCCUUCCCUCCUGCUAACAAUGGGCCAAAGAUUCCAGUGCAGGGGGAGAAAGGAAAGAGAAGGGGCAGCAGUGGCCGCUUACCUUGCUUAGCGCUAGUCUGAGGCCUUUGGCGCCAGAGAAAGCUGAAAAAUAGAUCGUGGGAGUGUUAUAAUGGCAGAGGAAAAUUAGAGCCGGGAAAAGUGAAUGGUCGCAUUUGUCUCUUACUCAAACUACUCCCAGGUGGUUUUGGACAGCUAAGGUGUGUUAGUCACGUGUAGCCCCUCCACUCUGUUAACGAGAGAGAGAGAGAGAGAGAGAGAGAGAGAGAGAGAGAGAGAGAGAGAGAGAGAGAUUCAAGGUUUAGUCUGGGUUCUUCUGUAACCACAAGAAACCUGAAGGAGGUGGGGUUUUUGUGUUAGACAGAGGUGAUCUCCAGAUGCUGUAAAAGAGACUCAUGUAAGCAGAAAGUAAAUGAUCAUCUGCACUUGCUUAUGUAGGCUGUGUUGUCAGAGCAUUACCAGCUUUGAAGUUUGGAAUAAUCUGGGCAGGUGAAGAAUGCAAGUGUAUGGAAUGGAAAUACAGGAUGGAGUGCUAUCUGAGUUAAGUCUAGAGGGCUCAGAGAGCAGGAAAUGAAGAUGCUUUCCUCUCACACCUGACACCCGACCAUACGAUCAUGGCAAAGUGUUCUAGUAUGAUUGUUUCCUAAUUCUAUAGUACAAACCCAACAGAGAAAAGAGUCAAAAGCUUCCUCCACUUGUUACAUGUCUUACUUUGGCAUUAAUUGAACUUGCGUUGAGCUCCAGUUUCUUCAUGUAUGAAAUGGUACUGGUGCUCAUAUACUAAAACCAGAAUGACACAGAAAAGAUUAGCACAGCCUCUUUGCAAGGAUGGUAUGCAAAUUUGGAUAGCAUUCUAGAUUUUUAUUAAAAGAUGGAAUAGUGGUGGUAUUAAUAGCAUAUAGGCUUCCUAGGAAUGUUAAAUGGGACAUGUCAGAAAUUACUUAGUGCAGUACCUUGAUGAUGGGAGAUAUAAACUGUAACUAUUAUCAGCCAUGUUGUAGAACAUUAUCCAUGGCCUACAGUUACAUGAAGCGCUGCCUUUGCUUACAAUACUCAUUUGUAGCCACUUUAAGCUUGGUUGGGAAAAUCGAAACCACUGAUUCUUGGAUCACAACUUGAUGGUUUGCAAGUAACUCCUAUUGUGGUUAAAACUAGGAAAGCAGGCCUGGGGAUACAGCUCAGUUGCUAAUGUUUGCCUUCCAUGCAUGGGUCACUGGGUUCUAGCCUCAGUACUGUAAAAAUAUGAGAAAAUGAAAGGACGGGAGAACAAAUGAAUGUUAGAAGUAGGGACUGAUUCCUAUGCCAAGAAAAUAAUUUCCAUUUUAAUAAGGGCUAAAAAGUAAUGCUGUAUUUGGGGGCAUCUAGAAUUCCUGAAAGAAUGGAAGCCUUAAGUUUUAGCUUCCAUGAGCAUAACCAAACCAUCCCUCCCUAUUCUUCAAAAUGUGUUGAAAAUUUCAACUAUACCAGAAUAAUUAGAUCUCACCAUCUAGGAGUUUUGCACAUAGCUAAUGUUAUUUCUUUAUGCUGCCCCAAAUAACAGGCUCUACAAUGAUGUGUUGAGAACAUGUACCAGGUACUAAACUGAGUGAUAUCAUUUACCUGAACAAAUGAAAUAACCUUUUAGACAGCAUUGCUAACCCCACAUAUGGAUAAGAAAACAGAGGCUCAGCAAUUUUAAAGACUAUGCCUAUGUAACAUUUUCAUCCAAUGAGUGGCCAAGCUUGGUUCUUUACCUUUCAUGUAGCAGAUCUUUCAACAUUUUGAAUAGUUUGUCAUGCAUGUUUUAUUCAACAGAUAUGGCAGCCAAAUCACAAAAUACCCUAAGAACUCAAAAUGAGAAGUUCCAGGUGAAACUGCCUAAAACAUCUCCCUUUAAUCUAAGAGAAAAAGGAAGUUCGGCUUCUUAAUAAAAUCUCAUUGAUAAGAGGGUACCCAAUCUGAGCACAUGGAAAUCUUGGCUGGCCUAAAUAGUGUGUUCCUCUGAGCAGCCUGAAUCCAUGUUGGGGUUGUUCUCCAGCCAGCUUUUGUUUCAGUGAUGGCAGGAAGUGGGAAAGUAGGCGUUAACUUUCUUCAGGAUGUACAUGAGUGGGAUAAUCAGUUGAACUUGACCAUUUUAGCACUUACAGAUUGAUUGGUUCUGCUUCUAAGCACAGUAAGGAUGAGUAUAGAGAUGAAAGCUAAGUCUCAACCGGAAGGACAAGAUUCCCCCUUGUAGACAGUGCCACUUUCUUGGGUUAGUCUUCCUUUCUACCGUGACUUCAUAGCUGACCCAGUCCUUUCCUUGUAGAUUAUUUUCUCUGUGUGUAUGUAUCUAUGUGUGUGUGUGUGCGCGUGCACACACACAUGCACUAGGUAGCAAGCAGACCUUAUGCCUUUCUGCUUUGUACCGUCUACUGCUGCUAGCUAAAAACCAGCAAAAUGUAGAAAGUGAAAAAUGAAGAAACUACUUUUCAGCGGAUAAUUUGAAAAAAGGGGUGUUUGCUCCUCACUUUGAGGAGCAGAGAACUAUUCCAAUAGCUUGCCUUUCUGGAGGCCAACUGCUUCAAGUUCAGUACUGCCUCAGUAGCAGAGUUGAGUUCUGGCACGUGUGGUGCUGCCAUCUCUGCCUGUGGAGCUGACUUGGGUUCAGAUAACCCCCUGUGAUUAGCCACAGAAGCCUCAGAACUCCCAUGGCUGGGCCACUGAAGCCAGAGGUCUCUUACUGCCAACAGGUUGUGUCCUGUUGAUGGACUGCAACCCACUGGGGCCUGAAUGCCCUGUGCCAACUCCAUUCCCAGCAUUUUCGCCCUAGAUUCAUUCCUUGGGUUCCCAGCGUGUUGACUGUGUGUCCAUUUCUACUCAUCCAGGUAGAAACGGGCAGGCUCUAAGUUCAUUCUUAGGCCUAAAGAACGAGGUUUUGAUUCUGGAUGGAAGACAGCUCUUAAAAGCUUUGCUUUCUGGCAUUUCUAAUAUGCAGAGAGCAGGAAGGGAAAGGAGCCAUGCACAGUGUACACAUCCAAUUCCUUUUAGAAUGGCAGAUCCCACCCACUCCACUGCUUAACUACCUAAUACUCUGGGGUUUACACAUCCACAGAUGAAAUGAAGAACUUUUCACCUAGAAGUGGGUGUUUCCAAACAUGUUAAGUUAACCUCCAGAGAGAAGUGCCUGGAACCACUGUUCCUGGUGUCACUUUAAAGCUUUGGCUUCAUGACUUUGUAGCAUUUAAAAACCUUUUGCAGCCACAAAUGUGAUUAACAGAAGUUUACAAAGCAACACUGUACCUUGUGCAUUAUCUUAAAAGUCCACUGGCAUUCAUCUACUGUUCAGGUGACGAGGACAACUGAUGAGAUAAAAAGAAGAGCAAAUAGUUCAUCGUGGCACCAUUGGCUGAUGUUAGAUAAAUGAGUCUCAUUAUUGUAUGCAGUUCUCUGUAACGCCAGGAUUAAAACAGUGUGGAUAUGUGUUGGCUUUCCAUUUGUUUGUUAAGCAGCCAUUUUGCUUUUGCACAGUCAUGAGUUGAAGGGAAAUUAAGAUGCCGCUCCCUCCCCACCAAUGCUACUCAACUACCUCUAUAUGCCUGGUUUCUUUUUAGGGGUUCCCUUCUUCUAAAUCUGCACAAAAUAGUUUCAGCUCAUCUACGUUGUAAUCGCAAUGUGAUAUAGACAGUCUCUGUGAAAAUUGUUUGUUCAUUAAACAAAGGUUUCCUGUUGUCUCUGUA